UGGUUCAGUCCAUGAAAGCGGAAGUUCUGACAGUAAAACGCAGAGCGAGUGAACUGAAGUUACAGCACUUGUAUGAGUUUGUGUUGAUUUAUUUAAGACGACGGCGUAAACAUUAAACAGAGACACAGAGAUGCGACGGAAACAGAAGAGAUUACUGCAGAUAUCGCUGCUGCUCAUCGUGGCCUUUCUGUUCUUACCCAACGUUGGCUUAUGGUCCGUGUAUCUGGAGCGAAUGUUUGACAGCAGCUCCCCGGACGGAUCCGGGCUCGCGCACAUACAGAGACAGAACGGACACAGACAAGUGCAGAACGGCGGCGUUCGGAAACGGGACUGGCAUGAUUAUGCGGUUAUUAAGAGUGAAGCGGCGCGCUCAGGUGUUGGCGAGCAGGGCAGGCCGUACCCGCUGAGCGACUCAGACCGCGUGGAUCAGGCCUACAGAGAGAACGGCUUCAACAUAUUCGUCAGUAACAAGAUCUCCCUCAACAGAUCCCUGCCUGAUAUCAGACACCCAAACUGUAAGACGAAGAUGUAUGCCGAAGAUCUUCCCACCACCAGCAUCAUCAUCCCCUUCCACAACGAGGGCUGGUCGUCGCUGCUGCGCACCGUUCACAGCGUCCUCAACCGCUCGCCGCCGCAGCUCAUCGCGGAGAUCAUCCUCGUGGACGACUUCAGUGACAAAGAGCAUCUGAAGGCCCCUCUGGAGGAGUACAUGGUGCGACUGCCCAAGGUGCGGAUCCUGCGGACUAAGAAGCGCGAGGGUCUGAUCAGGACCAGACUAUUGGGCGCUGCGGCGGCAAAGGGUGAUGUCAUCACGUUUCUGGACUCUCACUGCGAGGCCAACGUCAACUGGCUGCCUCCGUUACUGGAUCGCAUCGAGCAGAACCGGAAGACAAUCGUGUGUCCUAUGAUCGAUGUGAUCGACCACGAUAACUUUGGCUAUGAGAUGCAGGCCGGCGAUGCCAUGCGAGGAGCUUUUGACUGGGAGAUGUACUACAAACGCAUCCCUAUCCCACCUCAGAUGGAGAAAUUGGACCCCAGCGACCCUUUCGAGUCUCCUGUGAUGGCCGGCGGUCUUUUCGCUGUGGACAGGAAGUGGUUCUGGGAGCUGGGAGGAUAUGACACGGGACUGGAGAUCUGGGGAGGAGAGCAGUAUGAGAUUUCAUUCAAGGUGUGGAUGUGUGGAGGCCGCAUGGAGGACAUUCCCUGCUCUCGAGUGGGUCACAUAUACAGGAAGUACGUGCCUUAUAAAGUGCCGGGAGGAGUGAGUCUCGCCAGGAAUCUGAAGCGCGUGGCGGAGGUGUGGAUGGACGAGUACGCGGAGUUCAUCUACCAGCGGAGGCCCGAGUAUCGACACCUCUCGGCUGGAGACGUGGCGGCGCAGAAGGACCUGAGGAACAGGCUGAACUGCAAGAGCUUCAAGUGGUUCAUGACGGAGGUGGCGUGGGAUCUUCCCAAACACUAUCCGCCGGUGGAGCCUCCAGCCGCCGCCUGGGGAGAGCUGCGUAACGUCGGCACCGGUCUCUGCAUGGAGAGCAAGCACUUUUCCUCGGGCUCUCCGAUCCGUUUGGAGAAAUGUCUGAGGGAACGGGGCGAGCCGAGCUGGAGUCACGGUCAGGUCUUCACGCUGGGUUGGAGGGAAGAUAUACGGGUAGGAGACCCGCUGCACACUAAGAAGGUCUGCUUCGAUGCCGUGUCGCACAACAGCCCCGUUACACUCUACGACUGCCACGGGAUGAAGGGAAACCAGCUGUGGGCCUACAGGAAGGAUAAGAGCAUCUAUCACCCCAUCAGUAACAGCUGCAUCGACUCCAAUGCUGCACAGAAGAAGAUUUUCAUGAACUCCUGUGACUCCACGUCACCCAGUCAGCAGUGGCUGUUCGGGUACAUUAACGCCACCGUUUUAGACUCUUUCAAUCGCAAUCAUAAUGCGUAACAGCGGGAACAUGAGAAUCCUCCGCCGCAGGUGACGCGGUUGGUGAAAUGCUGACUAAAGCUUCGUAAUCACAGACGGUGUCGCUGCUCGAAGCUCACGUGAAGAGAGACGUUCUCGUGCCUUUACUGAACUGAUGUGUGUCUGAUCGUCUGCACUCCAAACAGCUGGAAAACUGAGCUGCGUCCCUCUUUCCACAUGGCCAGCACCUUUUAUCUUCAUCUUUAUCUUAGUUCUCACUUUCACCCCUGCUGCUAAAGCACCAAAUGCCACUGUUGAAGAGAGAGAAUGGGUCGGACGAACUGUGGAGUGUUGAUUGACAGCAGUGUUUGCAAGGCUGCACAUGAUUGAUGUUCUUGUUUUGGAGAUAUUGCAGGCUUAAGUGUGCAGUGUGUUUUUAGGGAAAGAUUGAAAAUCUUGCACUGACAGCAAUGAUGUCGCUGUAUUUGGAUACAGAGUUGUAGGGAUGCACCAUAUAUCGGCAUCGGCCCAUAAAUGUUCAUUUUUAAUGUUUCUGUUAUCGGUUAGAUAAUCCAUGACUUUAAUAUAUCUACUUAAUUUUCUUAUUUCCUCCGGUCAAACACGCUGCUGGCCAUCAGGGUUUUGAUUGGUGCUUUCAGCAUGACGUGACAUUUUGCGCGUAUUAUAAGAGUUUAUCGUCAUUUUUUUUAUUUUAAAUUGCCUUUUAACUCUAAGAUUCUGGAGAGCGUUGUCUAUACACAGCUUUACUUCUAUCUAUUUACAUUUAACAUUUUAGAUGCAUAGAUCAGGUUUCAGAUCUCUGCACAGCACUGAAUCUGCAUUGUUAAAGGUAACUAAUGACAUUUCUCUUUCCUUGGAUUCAGGCUCACAUGUUGUUUUAGUUUUAUUAGAUCUCAGCGCCGCAUUCGACUCCAGUAAUCAAAAAAUUCCUUUAGAUCAUCGCAGGGUAUGGUUUGCAUUCAGGACAUGGUCCUCCAGUGGUUUUCCUCUUAUCUGAAAAAUAGGAUGUUUUCUUUUUAUCUAGGGAAUUUUUCCUCUACAUCAGCUCCUUUAUUAUGUGGUGUCCCUCAAGGCUCUAUUUUAGGACCCUUAUUAUUCUCUGUGUAUAUGCUUCCUCUGGGCUUAAUCUUUCAGAGAUAUGGCUUGUCUUAUCAUUGGUAGAGAAAACUGCGCUAGUAAAGCUAGUAAAGUUUUGAUGGAUGUCGAUUGUGAUCAAAAUAAAGACGAUUACAGUGACAUACAGGAGUCGUACAUUAGGAACACGAGACUCCCACUGCUUUUAAAUAUGCAGAUCAGUCCUGUCAUCAAGGGUAGUUUUUUCCACUUGUGAUCAAUUGCAAAAGUUAAACAUUUCUCUAAACCAGAUCUAGAAAUUGUGAUCCACUCGUUAAUCUCGUCAAGGUUAGAUUAUUGCAACUCGCAUACUAGGCUCUACAUCAGCUCCUUUAUUAUGUGGUGUCCCUCAAGGCUCUAUUUUAGGACCCUUACUAUUCUCUGUGUAUAUGCUUCCUCUGGGCUUAAUCUUUCAGAGAUAUGGCUUGUCUUAUCAUUGGUGGAGAAAACCCGGCCGAUUUCAUCAGAGAUGGAGGAGAGAAUAGUGUAUUUGGCUUCAAAGCACGAUCUCUCUUCUGUUUUGGAACAGCCCAAGUCGUUUCUCUUCGUGCUGAACGGCAGCCACUGUAUGAGCAUAUGAUACGCAAACUACAUCUCUCGAUUGGAUAAAGCAAACCAGUGUCAUGCUAGUAAAGUUUUGAUGGAUGACGAAUAUGAUCAAGGUAAAGACUAUUACAAGAACAUACAGGAGUCGUACAUUAGGCACACGAGACUGCAGAUCAAAUAUGCAGAUCAGUCCUGUCAUCAAGGGUAGAUUUUUCCACUCGAGAUCAAUUGCAAAAGUUAAACAUCUCUCUAAACCAGAUCUAGAAAUUGUGAUGCACUCGUUAAUCUCAUAUACUGUCUCGUAUACUGGGCUCUUUGUCAGCUCCUUUAUUACAUGGUGUCCCUCAAGGCUCUAUUUUAGGACCCUUACUAUUCUCCGUGCAUAUGCUUCCUCUGGGCUUAAUCUUUCAGAAAUAUAGCUUGUCUUAGGUUUCAUCAGAGAUGGCAGAGAGAUUUGUUUUCUGCAGUUAAAGUUUAAAUAAAAAAGCAGUUGUCAACUGUAUUUGUUUGCCUUUUGUUUUGCAAUCAGGCUAUAUAUCGGUUAACGGUAUCAGUUAAAACUUCCAUAUCGGUGCAUCCCUACUGAGUUGUGAUUGGACUUAUUCUUGCGUCUAUUUAACCAUCUGUUGACUGUUGAUUCUUGAUGCAGCUCUUCAUUUACACAGAAUCACAGCGUUGGACUUGAACACGAUUGCCUUGCAAACACUGUUCAGGAUUUCCUUCAGGAAAUGCAAAUCUGAUUGUCCCCUGUAAACAUUGAAAGCUAUUUGACCGUUCUAACUGGGUCAUUCCGCAGAAAUGUGUGAACAGACUUUACAGUGCGAUAAUUUCUUCAGCUUGAUUACCCAUCUUCUCUUUGUUGUGUAUAUAUAUAUAUAUAAAUUUUGUUUUUUGUUUUAGUAGACAUAUUUUAUUACAAAAACUUGAAGGGAUAAUCUCAGAUAGUCAAUCCUGUUUGCAUGAUAUUGUACAGUAAACAACAACAAUGCAAUUGAUUAAAUCCUUUAAAGCUGAUGUUGUACAGCAGAAGACUGUGGAACAACCCAACAACACACUACUGGGCUGUAGGGUCAGUUGCGUUUUGUGAUGUUUUUCCCACCAUCUGUCCGAUUCUCAGUAAGCGCUUCCACCCCAAAGACGGGAUCUGUUCACGUUCCCACCGCUGAGAGGACGGGAUGCUGCAAUGUUCAGUUCCUGACGCACAUUACCAACACAAAGUUAAACUUGAAUCUAAUCCAUGUGCCUUGCUGAAGAUCCUCGUGUGAAGCCCAUCAGCACACUAGUUUUGUGCGUUUCUUCAGAUUGAGACAGUGUUGUUGACCCGUUUUUACCAUGGAAUAUUUUUGCAGAUUAUCUGUCAAGCACUUUUAAAUGUUUCUCUGCUCCGAAGCCGUUUUGAAGUUUAUCUGCCCAGCACUUUCAAACGUGUCUUUGUCCAGAGCCUAUUUUCAAGUAUUAAUGUUUUUGUAACUUCUGUAGAUUUUAAAGAGAGCCCAGGGUUUCGUAAAAUGAAUUAUUGCUCUGCUAUGAUUGUUUCUGGUGGACCACUGUUUCAAACAGAAAUCUGAUGCUGUACUUGCUUUUGAACUGUUUGAAGACCAGCUUUUGUGUCAGCCAUGGUGAAUUUCGAGGCGUGUUUGUGGAAUCUGAUGAUGUUAAGUCUUGGGUUGGUGGGAAAUCUUGGGAAUGCUGGUAUUUUUAUACAGGCUUGUCAAUUCUGAUGCAUUAAAAUGGUUCUGACAGCACGA